GCGGCGCGUGAACGCAGCCGGCUCGGGAACACAGCGAUGGCUGCGGGCGUGCCCUGCGCGCUCAUUACCAGCUGCGCCUCCGCGUUCCCCGGGGAUCGUCUGGUGCAACAUAUCCUUGGGAUCGAAGAUCUUGUGGUAGAAUCAACUGCUGACGAUGCUGUGAGAUUUUACCCUUGGACCAUUGAUAAUAAAUACUAUUCGGCAGACAUCAAUCUGUGUGUGGUGCCCAACAAGUUUCUCGUCACUGCAGAAAUUGCUAAGACUGUUCAAGCCUUUGUUGUCUACUUUGAUAGCACACAAAAAUCUGGUCUUGAUAGUGUCUCCUCAUGGCUCCCACUAGCAGAAGCAUGGUUACCUGAGGUCAUGAUAUUGGUCUGUGAUCGAGUGUGUGAAAAUGGUGUGACUCGACAGAAAGCUCAAGAAUGGUGUAUCAAACAUAGCUUUGAAUUGGUGGAACUUAGUCCGGAAGAAUUGCCUGAGGAGGAUGAUGACUUCCCAGAGUCUACAGGAGUAAAGCGGAUUGUACAAGCCUUGAAUGCCAAUGUCUGGCCCAAUGCAGUGAUGAAGAAUGAUCGGAACCAAGGCUUUAGCCUUCUCAGCUCGCUGGCUGGAGCCCACCAUAAUGUUGGGGCCGCAGAGCGGAGCCACUCAGAGCAGACCCGUGUGCCACCAGCUGAUGGAACUGAAUUUCUCCAGCAUUCCCAGGGUGGUGCAGUGAAUGAGGCUGAUUCUCAGGCAGACAGUCUGGUGGAUCCUAUGUUAGAUUUGGAUAUUCAAGAACUAGCCAGUCUUACUACUGGUGGAGGAGAUGUGGAAAAUUUUGAAAGACUAUUCUCGAAGUUAAAAGAAAUGAAAGACAAGGCUGCGACGCUUCCUCAUGAGCAAAGAAAAGUGCACGCAGAAAAGGUGGCCAAAGCAUUCUGGAUGGCGAUUGGGGGCGACAGAGAUGAAAUCGAAGGCCUUUCCUCUGAUGAAGAACACUAAAUUACCUGGGGCUUUAUCAGCAAAGAUGCUAAUAAUAACUCUUUCUGCCUGAGGUGCUUCCACACUUGACCCAGUUAUAAUUUAUUGACAAUGCCCAUAUUAUGAUGACCACUUGCCUUGAUUACCAGGUCCUCUUAAAGUUAAUUUGUAGGCGGGGGUUUGGGAGAAAUCUAUUUUUCCCCCUCAGUCCAUUGUAAGGGAGUGAGGACUCUAAUGACAAUAAGGAACAAGAAUUUUUCAAAUAAACUUCCUGGUUUACUCUAGGAAUGAGUGCUGGACAA